AUGAACAUUUUGCAUCACAAGAGCUGGCAUGUAUACAACAAGGACAAUAUCGAAAGAGUCCGUAAAGACGAGGCAGAGGCAGAGGCAGAAGCUAAAAAGAAGCAAGAUCGAGUGAUGCUGGCAGAAAGUGAAGCCAGGCUUGAUUUGUUACGGAAAAGAGCCAAUGCCAGUUUACCCGCCAUCCAAGACCAACAAGACACCAAACGCAUAGAGCAUGUCAACUUGUUCCAAGAUUUAGAAGAUAAACACAAUGCAAAUAGCAACAAUCCAGAGCAUGAAGCUGAGCAGAAGGCCAAGGAUGAGAAAUGGGAGAAACAAAUCACAAUGUAUCUGGAUAAAGGGACAGAGAAAGCACCAUGGUAUGCGAAACCAACAGCCCAAAGAACAGACAAGUAUAUAGAUCAGCAUGUCUUCAAGAGAAGCCAUAAAGAUGACGGCAAUCCACAUCGACGCAAACGAAAGGCUCUCGAAAUCAACGAUGAUCCAUUGGAUUACAUUACAAAAACACUUUCGAAACGAGACGAAAAGAAGCGCAGUAGACGGGAGCAUAGAUCAUCGUCCUCACACUCUGGCAACAGCAAGAAGAAGCAUAGUCAAAGCAAAUCAAGCGGAAAAUCCACCACAUCGAUUGAAGAACUGCGAGCCAAACGACUGGAACGAGAAAGAAACGAACAAUCUCGGUUAAGAUCCUUGUAUUUGCAUGACGGCGAGGACGCAGAAGAAGAGAAGGUUGAACUGGAUGAUCGAAAAAGAGGCUAUAACUCACAAUUCAACAGAGAAGCGACGUUGAAAGCUCAGCAUUAUCGCAAAAAGGGACAUGAGUAG